UUGGUUGUUGAUCUGAAGUGAUUCAGCCCUUCGCCUUGUCACCCAUUCUCCGGUACCGAGCUAGUGUCCACCCCCCUCCGAACUUGUUUCCACGGCAACUGACGCCAGAUCCGCCCUUAGUUCGUGGGAGACGUCGAGCCGUGACGUUCUAUGUGGCGAACGCUUGCAACAUUGUUUUCGCGCGUUGUUCGAUCCGGCGAGUUGUUUCCGGUCCGUGCAGCAAGUGGCCCUACUGGAAGUGACAUCAUGGACUUAGGGUUCAUGCGGAAGAGUUACCGAAGCGAUGAACAGGCAUUUGAAGAAAGCCACUUGGUUUCCCUGGACCCAAUCAUUCAGUUCAGUGCUUGGUUCCAGGAGGUCACUCAAUGUCCAGGCAUCGCAGAGCCAAAUGCCAUGUGUCUGGCUACAGCUACUAGGGAUGGGAAACCCUCCGCUCGCAUGGUUCUUCUGAAAGGUUUCGGUCCAGAAGGCUUCCGAUUCUACACCAACUGUGGGAGUAGGAAAGGAGUAGAGCUGGAAGAAAACCCUUUUGCCUCUCUUUUAUUCUUCUGGGAACCCCUAAAUCGCCAGGUUCGGAUUGAGGGAUCUGUGGAACGUCUUUCAGAUGAAGAGGCAGACAAAUAUUUUCACUCGCGCCCCAAAAGCAGCCAGAUCGGAGCAGUCGUCAGCAAACAGAGCCAAGUUAUCCCGAACAGAGAGUAUCUGCGUAAGAAGAACGCCGAGCUGGAAGAAGAGUACAAAGAUAAGGUCGUUCCCAGACCUCCUGAGUGGGGAGGAUACAUCAUCCGUCCGUCUGUCAUAGAGUUCUGGCAGGGACAGACCAAUCGAUUGCAUGAUCGCAUUGUGUUCCACCGACCUAAAGAAGGAGAAGCUGAGCCGGGCCCCUGGACGCACACAGGGGAAGGCGGCUGGCUGUAUGAGCGGCUGGCUCCGUAACACUAGGGAAGAGUAACACGGCCUCUGCCCUUCUGAUCUUUGUAGCAGGGAGCCAGAAACGGGUCUCAUAUAUUCCAUUUCAAGCAUGACUACCUCUACGUAUUUGUGUGCGUGCUGUACUAAGACCAGCAGCCGGUUUAUACCUGUGUGAGUGGAGGCUUGGCUAGGACUAAAGUGGUUUAAGCCUUUGCGCCAUAAAACCCGACCUAAGCGACACCGGUCUAGUUCCUCCACCCACACAGUGUACUUUGCACCGGGUUAGUGCAAUUAAAUGUUUUUCAAUGUGAAUGAAAAUGCGUUGCAGGUGUAUAUGGGAAGGACACCACGAAAAGAUAAACACUUGUUGCCGGAUACAUAUCAACCAUGAAAUGUAUUUCUAACUCUUAACGAGACGUUGUCAUAAUAAAUGGCAAACAAA